UGUCGAAUAUCGUCGUCCACGUCAUGGAUAAAAAAUCCGCAAUUGCUCCUUGUGCCGUCAAAAAGUACAAAGUCAUGAAGUCGGAUAAAUUGGGAAGGUACUUGGUGGCCAGCAAAGACCUGGCGGCCGGGGAGUUGAUUUUCCGCGAGGAGGCCGUAGCGGUGGGUCCAGGGAUCGGCGAGCCGGGCGCGUUCUGCUUCGGCUGUCUGCGCCCACUGACCCAACACCGGCAGGCCCGUAGAUACUCGUGCACCAAGUGCACUGUGGCACCACUCUGCAACCGAGCUUGCGAGGUAUAUACGUUCCAUAACAUGGGUGGGCUCCACUCGGGCGCCGAGUGCGACUUUUUCCGGGAUAACAAAGAAGUGUGCUCCGAGCUCGUCGACGAGGUGACCCGUGUUCUGCUCCACCUGCGGCUCUGGCUUUUGAAAAGUAGCGACGAGGAAAGCAGUUCUUGGAAGGAGAUAGAGCGCAUGGAGGCGCAUCUGGAGCAGAGGCGCGGCACUGACGUGUGGCGCGAGCGCGAGGAGCAGGUCGUCGAUGUUUUCCGCAAACUCGGUCUACAUCAUCCGAAAACCACCUCCGACGAGGACGACCUUGUGCAGCGUAUCUGCGGCAUAGUUGACGUAAACACGUUCGAGGUGCGAGUACCGGGUUUGUACUCCAACGGCAGCGGAGGCGCGCCCUUGCGUGGAUUAUUCGUCGAGGCAGCGUUGAUGGCACACGAGUGCAGACCCACCGCCCACGUGUCCGUCGACGAGAGCUUCAACAUGAGCGUACACGCGGCCCUGGCCGUACCGGCUGACGGGAUCAUCUCGUUCAAUUACACCUCGUCACUGCUGGGCACCAUAGAUCGGCAGGAGCACCUGCAGAUCGGCAAGUACUUCCGUUGCGAUUGCGCCGUCUGCACCGAUCCCCUGGAGUCGGGCAGUCACCUGAGCUGUUUGCUGUGCCCUCGUUGCAAAGUCGGCCCGGUAGCCCCCCCUCGGAUCGGCAAAACGAUCUCAAAUCCUUACAGCCGGGAGGCCCGGUGGCAGUGCCAGGAGUGCAAGCACCAACUGAGCGGCUGCCUAGUAGCCAGUAGCCUCGGCAUAGCCAGGGGCCUCGUGGACGAGGUCGACGAGCUCGGUAGCUUCAAGGCCAUGGAGAACCUCCUGGCAAAGUUAGUUCUCAGCUUUCACGGGAACCACUACUUGGUGAUGGCCCUCAAGAACAAAAUGCUCGGCGCCUGCAGACGGGAGAUCGGUAGCGUCAAUCCACAGAAGAAACUCCUCGGCAGGAUGGUACAGCUGGGCAGGGAGGUCCUUGCAGUACUCGAGAUCGUCGAGCCCGGCUUGUCGAGGCUCAAGGGGAUUGUGUUGUACGAGCUGCACCUGCCGAUGACGAUACUGGCCAACCGGGCGUACGCGGCGCGGGAGAUAACGGCCCCGGAGCUGGUCUCGCGGCUCGAGGAGGCGAGGGACCUGCUGAGGCGGGCGCUCGGUAUGCUGCUUCUGGAGCCGGUCAUGACGCCCGAGGGACAGCUGGCGAGGCGGGCUCUCCGGGAGAUGAAAGUGCUCGCGCGGAGCGUCGAGGACGCGAGGGCUUUGGCCGACGGGCCGAAAAUAUCGCUGCGGCGACGCGGGAGUUUCAAGCACUGCGGGCGGUCGUGAUGAUGCGUGGGGUGGG